CGUUUUUAACCGUCAUUUUAACACAUACCUAUAUUUAGACGAUCUCAGAUGGAGUUUAACAACCUAGAUGUAAAUUACAAAGUCAGGGUUAAUUAUCUGAUCAUAUAACGCAUAUACGUCACUGUGAAUUUUUAACGUAAUAUAAUAAUUUUAGUCUUAAAUCGUUUUGAUGAUGGUUCACAGGAGCGGUCUGUGCGGAUUCACAGGCUGUGAGUCAGAGUUGCUAUGUAAAUGCAUGAACUCAUAUGUCGUGUUGUAGGCGAGGUUUUUCUACCUCACUUUUUUCCCCUCUCUCUCUCUCUCUCUCUCUCUCUCUCUCUCUCUCUCUCUCUCUCUCUCUCACUCACUCUCUGUUUCUCUCCCUCUCUCUUUUUUCCUCGCUGUACCGCACUGUAGUUCUGCAGCCACGUCGCAGAUACAGCCAGUAUCGCUGUUUAAACCCAUUUCUCAUAGCGCUAGCCACCCAACUGGACCGAAAACACUGAUAGCAAGUUAAUCUCCUCGUACAGUUGGCAGAUAUUUGAGGAAAUAUUUAUAUCUUUUAACCUGGUUAACUCACGAAUAAGUUGUGUGGUUCCUCUCAGCUGUGGUCAUGGACCCUGAAGAUGUACAUUUUAGAUCAGCAGAUCAUUUGACGGGUGAGGAAGAGAAACAGAAGACGACAUCUGAGAGGAAAGAGGAUGGAGAGGAAUCACGCAAAGCAGGAAGACCACCAAUGUCCCGAAUUCCUACCUUUCAAAGCUCCUUGCCCCGCAAGCGAGUUCCCGUCCAGAAUGCAGAGUCAUCACCAAAGACCGAUGAAUCCAGCCAGCCGGGCCAAAAAGAGAGAGCAGGCUCUAUCGAGGCUGGACGAGUGAAAAUGUCAGCGUCUGGUGGGAGAGAAACAGCAUUGCCCAUCCCAUCAGCUCGGUUGCAGACAAGCAAUGCGGAUGCUUUCUCUCAAGGUGAUAUUUCAGAUCACCCCCCCAGUCAUUUAGCUUUAAAAAGUGAUCAAUCCCUUGAUCAAACACCUGAGAUUACAAUGGACUCUGAUCAGUUUAAAUCACCACUGGUGCGGCCCCCACUCAGGAAUGUUCAGGGGAACCUGGUAACCUCUGAUGUCGUCACAGAUCUUGUUUCUGAAUUUGAGACCGCAACUGGAGAGACCCUCAUUGAAGAUGAACAUAUGUCAUUCAUAGAUGAUAUGAGCUCAUGCUCCUCUGUUGAUGAUCAAGACACUUCUGAUCAACCUUUGGGAGAGGACUUGGAAAGUGUGAAAGAGACAGUUUACCAAUCAGAAGGGAUAGAAGAAAAGAUGAAUGAUGUGAAACAGCGCUCUGUUCCUGAUAAGGUUGAUGCAUGCAUGGUUGGUGCUGAGGAUAAACAGGCUAAGAUAGAGAAUCCGUCUGUUAGUACAAACUCAGAAAAAUGCUUGAAAGAAACACCAAAGACAAACAAAGCUGCAGAUACUACUCAUGCAAAACACAGCAAGACCAAAAUGUACACACCCUCAAAGCAGACGAAAGGUGGGGGCUUUGCUGUUUUUUUUCUUCUGCCCUCCAUUCUUCUCCUUUUGGGUGGAUUCGGGCUGCACAUCUGGCAUUAUGGAAUCCCUAAGUCAAUGUCACACCUUAUGUCACAACUGGAGCUGCACUGGCUGGAGCCUUUUUGGAUGCCUCAAGAGACAUGCACCUCUGAUUGUAGGCUUUCUCUUGUUGAGAGUGUCCCCGAGGGCGUGUCGUUCCCUUCUGAGUCGGCGCACCUGUCAAGCAUCUCAGAUGCUUGGUCUAACUUACUAAACACAGCAAACAACUCUGUCCACAUCGCUGCUUUCUAUUUCACCCUCCGAGACUCAGACCUAGGUCUUACAGAGCCUUCAUCUGUGCUGGGCCAAAAAGUGCUUGACCAACUGAAGCAGCUGGAACCAAAGGGAAUAAAGUUGAAGAUUGCUGUAAACGCUCCUCAGCCAUAUAUUGCAGACACAGAGGAACUGGCAGCAACAGGGGCUGAAGUCAGGGGUGUUGACCUACAGAGUGUCACUGGGGGCAUUUUGCACACCAAACUAUGGGUUGUGGAUAAGAAACACAUGUAUUUAGGGAGUGCUAACAUGGACUGGCGAUCCCUUACCCAGGUCAAAGAGGUUGGAGUAUCUGUGCAAGACUGUAGCUGUUUGGCUCAAGACGCCUCACGGAUAUUUGACCUUUACUGGGAUGUUGGAGCUCAGAAGAAUGAAUCUCUACCUCCUUUCUGGCCGGGCCGGUUUUCUGCCCUCUCCAGUUCUAAGUACCCAUUAGCUGUUAAAUUCAACGGUGUCCCUGCACGUGUCUAUUUGUCUAGUUCCCCUCCUGCUUUAUCAUCAUAUGGGCGUUCUGAUGACCUUUCAAGUAUCCUGUCGGUAAUAGCUGAUGCUAAAAAGUUCAUCUAUGUGUCUGUGAUGGAUUAUCUUCCCCUGUCCCAGUUCACAGAGCCCGUUCGGUUUUGGCCUGCCAUUGAUUCAGCACUUCGUGAGGCUGCUUGUGCUCGAGGUGUUGAAGUAAAGCUGCUGGUCAGUUGUUGGAGUCAUUCUCCUGGUGCCAUGUUCAUCUUCCUCCAGUCUUUAUCAGUCCUCAACAAGCCCCCGCUAAGCUGCAACAUUUAUACCAAAGUUUUUGAGGUGCCUUCAACGCGAGAGCAGCAGAGGAUUCCAUUUGCUCGUGUCAACCACGCCAAAUACAUGGUGACUGAUAGAGUUGUUUACAUUGGAACCUCCAACUGGUCCGAGAAUUAUUUCACCCAGACGGCAGGGGUUGGGCUUGUUGUGAAUCAGACAGGCUCUGCAGUAGAGAAGGGCCAACAAACCGUUCAGAACCAAUUACAGAAUAUUUUCCAGAGAGACUGGCAUUCACAGUACGCCCAAACCCUCAGCGAUGUUCAUGCAGAUCAUUGUAGUGGAAUAAAGCUUACAUAAUACA